AUGGCUGCUCAACUUUACAAGACAGAAAAUGGUCGUCUGUUCCAUGCCGGAGCAGUGGCCAUUAUCACUGUAGGAUUACCCGCAAGAGGUAAAACACAUGUAUCACGGUCGUUGUGUCGGUAUAUGCGCUGGAUGGGCGUUUCUACCAAGGUUUUCAGUGUCGGCAAUUACCGCCGAGAACGACUUCGCACCAUUCCCGAAGAAUACUUUGAUCCCAAUAACAAGGCAGCUUUUGCGGCACGAAUCAGAAUUGCCGAUGACUGUUUAGAUGAUUUGAUCGAAUGGUUACAGCAUGGCGGAGGCCAAGUGGCCAUUUACGACGGCAACAACGUGACAGAAGAACGACGCCGAGAAAUCCACGACAAGCUCGUAAACCAGGAUAUUCAUCCUCUUUUUAUAGAAUCCAUUUGCAACAAACCCGAAAUCGUUUUGGCCAAUAUUCGCAGUGUCAAGAUCUCCUCACCCGAUUAUGUUGGAUGGGAACCAGAAGAAGCCGUCAAAGAUUACACAAAAAGAAUCGAGCAACACAAGAUCAAUUACGAAACCAUUGCCGAUUUGUCGUUGCCUUUUGUCAAGUUGAUGAAUGUGGGUGAACAGCUCAUUGUCAACAAUGUACAGGGAUAUCUUCAGUCGCGUGUGGUGUAUUACCUUAUGAAUCUUCAUAAUCGUCCACGCACCAUUUAUUUUGCUCGCGCGGGUGAAUCAUUGAACCCCAAUCUAUACAAAGUGGAUGCUGAAUUGUCCCCGGAAGGACGACAAUACGCGGAAAACUUGAAAAAUUUUAUGAUUGCCUACCGAGAAAAGAAGCGAACAGAAGCGAACAAUUCAGAGGAUCAAGAGAGACCAUUGUCGAUCUGGACAUCGACGAGAAAGAAGAGCCGACAGAGCGCUUUACCUUUUGCGGAAGCCGGUUUCCCUGUUCGACAACACUCUGUUCUGACUCAACUUAAUCCGGGCGAAGUGGAUGGACUCACUCCUGAGGAAAUCAAGCAAAAAUUCCCAGAGGAAGUGGCAAGAGCCCGUCAGGAUCCUUACCGUCACCGUUACCCGCGGGCUGAGUCCUAUCAUGAUUUGGCUAUUCGAUUAGAGUCCAUCAUCAUGGAAUUAGAGCGGGAAAAGAACGAUGUUCUUAUUAUUGCUCACGAUACAGUAUUACGUUGUCUUUAUGCGUAUCUCUUUGACAGACCCGAAAGCGAAAUUCCGACGAUCUCGAUUCCUCGACCAUUUUUAGUGGAAAUCACUCCCACCGCUUAUGGAUGCAAGGAAACCCGCAUGGAAAUCACACCAGAAUCUUGUGUUUAA